GAGAGAGAGAGAGAGAGAGGGAGAGAGAGAGAGAGAGAGACGAAGGUCGUAGAAUGGAUUUGAUGGAGAAAAACAUGGAGUUAAUCGAGGUUCAGAAACUCGAAGGGCACACCGACAGAGUUUGGAACGCAGCCUGGAACCCUGUUAGUCCGAUUCUUGCUUCUUGCAGUGGUGACAACACCGUAAGAAUCUGGGAACAGAGCUCUCUCUCUCGCUCCUGGUCCUGCAAGACAGUUUUAGAAGAAACGCACACAAGAACUGUGAGGUCGUGUUCUUGGUCACCUUCAGGGAAGUUAUUGGCCACUGCUAGUUUUGAUGGUACCACUGCUAUUUGGGAAGAUUUGGGAGAUGAGUUUGAGUGUAUUUCCACUUUGGAGGGACAUGAAAACGAAGUCAAGAGUGUAUCAUGGAACGCAUCUGGUUCGUACCUUGCAACAUGUAGCAGAGACAAAUCUGUGUGGAUCUGGGAAGUGCUAGGAGGGAAUGAAUAUGAUUGUGCUUCAGUGUUGAAUGGGCAUACUCAAGAUGUGAAGAUGGUUCUGUGGCAUCCCACCAUGGAUGUUUUGUUUUCUUGCUCUUAUGAUAACACCAUCAAGGUUUGGUGGUCUGAAGAUGACGAUGGUGAUUAUCAAUGUGUCCAGACCUUAGAUGAAUCUACCAAUGGUCACUCCUCUACUGUUUGGGCCAUCUCGUUUAACGCUGCAGGGGACAAGAUGGUCACCUGUAGUGAUGAUCUAACCUUGAAGAUAUGGAGGGCAGAUAUUUCCAUGAUGCACUCUGGUGAAGGAUAUGCACCUUGGACUCAUGUUUGUACACUUUCUGGUUAUCAUGACCGUACCAUAUUCUCAACUCACUGGUCAAGCGAUGACAUUAUUGCCAGUGGAGCUGGUGAUGAUGCCAUAGGGUUGUUCGUGGAGAGCAAACAACAUGACUCUGUUAAUGGACCUUCAUUUAAUCUUUUACUCAAGAAGGAAAAAGCACAUGAAAUGGAUAUAAACUCUGUUCAAUGGUCACCCAGUAAGGAGAACAGGUUGCUUGCCUCGGCCAGUGAUGAUGGGAUGGUGAAGAUUUGGCAGCUUGAAACUAUACCGUGAAUGGUAUUUUGUUUUUGUAAGGUUUUGAAACUUCUUUGAUUUUUUUUUUUCCUGAGAUAUAAUGUAUUGAGUAACAAUGGCAACAAGAUAACUCUAAACGAUUUUUCAUAUGAUUUAAGGUCCAUUAUUAUUAUUAUAUAACAACUUUACAUGUC